GUAACAUUAUUUUAGUCAAGAUGGCAGCGACAUCAGCCUUCCCACUGCUUAUGCGGAUCGUUUCGGCCUCUGUUGCUGCUUCUGCUAAAGCAGCCAAGGUUGUUCGCAGUGUGAUGAAGAAAGGGGACUUGGGCAUUGUGGAAAAGGGUAAGAAUGACUUACAGACAGAAGCGGACCGUGCAGCACAGAGAUGCAUCAUGGCGUCUCUCCAGAAGCAUUUCCCUAAAGUCGUCAUUAUUGGGGGAGGAGGUAUGCAACUUGAUCCUAACGAGAAGGUUGACCAGGAUAUAGAAUCCCUAAAGCUUGAUGAUGUGUCCCUUCAAAGGGUCUGCCCAGAAAACCUCACAGAUGUCAGGGAUGAAGAUGUGGUUAUAUGGGUGGAUCCAUUAGAUGGAACAGCUGAAUAUACACAAGGUUUGCUGGAUCAUGUGACUGUGUUGAUUGGGAUAGCUGUCAAGGGGAAGGCUCAAGCUGGGGUUAUUUGUCAGCCAUACUACAACUAUCAACUGAACAUAGAAGAGAAACUAGGCAGAGUCAUCUGGGGAGUCAUUGGGCUAGGAGCAUUUGGCUUUGAAAGAAACAACCCCCCUGAAGGGAAGAAUAUUAUCACAACAACCAGGUCACAUUCUAAUCCCAUCGUGACUGAAGCUGUGGAAGCAUGUCAACCCACAGAAGUGUUGCGGGUGGGAGGAGCAGGACAUAAGGUUCUCUUGCUAAUUGAGGGCAAAGCUAAUGCCUAUGUGUUUGCCAGUCCUGGCUGUAAGAAGUGGGAUACAUGUGCACCUGAGGCUGUGCUUCACGCCAUUGGUGGGACUUUGACUGACAUGCACGGCAACCAAAUAAUGUACCACAAAGGCGUGGAGAAACGUAACCUAGGCGGCGUGUUAGCCACACCUCCUCCAGCCUCAUCACACCAAUGGUAUGCCCAAAGGAUACCUCAACGUGUCAAGGACGCACUACCGCUGAAUAAAUAGCUAGGAAAUAGUCAGCUGUAGGUUGUCAGUAUUGUCUGAUGUAAUUCGGUCAUUUCCAUGGAUAGAAAGUGCAUAACACAAAACAAGUACUGUACAUGGAAUUGUUGGACUCAAGGGAGAUAAUCCAGGGGCAUUUAGAUGUAAUGGGUGGGCUAGAAAAAUGAUAGGCUUGCCUCAUAUGCAAUUACUCCAAAUGGUUUAAACAUAAGACUUGGAUAUUUCUCAACAUUACUUAAUGGAUAUUGGACAUGUUUUAUAGAAGUUCACACUUGCAGAUGGCCACAAAUUUAAAAGAGUACUACAUCACAGACACAGUCUCAGUCUGACAUUAGACAUUUUAAAUAUACUUUUAAAUAUGUUGCUGUUUUAUUACUAUCUCGCCAAUUACUCCGAAAAAUUUUCAUGAAAUAUCAAAUAUAUAUUCUUAAUGAUGUGUGAAAUAUCAAGGUCUUAUAUUUUAGCAUUUUGAAAAUUUAUGAGUAUGAGAGGUUAUUGUUUUUCUGGACCACUCAAUAAAUAAAGUUGGCAUUAGGAUGUAAAAUGUAUUAAUCAGAUGAAAGGUGAUCCUCGUCAAUUCAUUUUAUUGUUGUGUUUAUC